UGUCAGUUUUUUAACGUCAUGCUAGAGCGCAAGUUAAUGCUGAUAAUUAGAUAAAGAGUGGAUAAAACAUUAUUUUGUUUCGAGUUAUUAGUUCUGAAAGGCAUCCACAACUAGGAGAAGGUGUUUUGGGUUGCCGGACAUCGUCAUUUUAUCGUGUUUUGUCGGCGGAAAACUCUGGUUGUUUUUUUUGUCUGUGUAAGAAUCGAUUCUGAUGGCGAGCUAGAGCCCAGACCCGAGGAACGUGGAGCAGAGCACCGGCUUACAUGCGGAGAGUGUGACGUGGAAAGCAGCUUCUUUGAGCAUCUGGAGAAAACAACAGUCAGAUACCGACAGGCUCGCGCUCCCUCAGUAACACACAUUCACACACACUUUUACUCAAACACACACACUCUCUCUUUCCCUCCCUCCCUCCCUCCCUCUCUCUCUCUCUCUCUCACACACACACACACACACACACACACCUGCUGGAGGAGAAGAACAUCAGAGCGCAGCAGCUGUUGACGCGCACAGACGCGGAGAGAAGCAGUCGCCGCUUCCGUCGCCGCCGCCUCUGCCGCUCCAGACUCAUCCCCCUCUCCUCCUCCCUCCAUCUUCGCCUCCUCCUCCAGUCACGUCUGAAGUGAAGGAGGUGAAAAACAGCAAAUUGUAAAUCCCUGCCCGCCUUCUCACCUGCUCUAUAAAUUCCUCUAAUCAAAGUCAGGAUGCUGCUGCUCCCCGCUGUGAUGAAAUAGAGCCAGAGACGACGCCUGACGUCGGGCAACUCCGUCGGUCGUUGUUGCUGUUUCUCAAGAAAGACACAGGAACAAAGGUCCUCGGAUGAAAUAACUCAGGCAGUCACGACUCAAGCAUCGCGUGAGAAGGCAGUUUUCUGGUGUUGACGUUUGAUGAGGAAAACUCAACUUCUCUUCUACCUGUGAGACGUCAGCGACCCCCGGAUCGAGAGGUCAAGCGUCUUCUUAGCAUCAAAACACCGUACUGCUGCUGUCCACUCCUGAACCUCUCUGAAGCUUCGGUGUGAGACUCCGCUCUGCAGCACACCUGCCAGCACAGCUUCGGAAGCACAGCAGACGAUGACCCGACGUCUCCUGAGAGCGGCGGUUCUUCACUGCUAAAACCACUCAAGUCGGUGGAGUCCCACAACCCAUCUCUCUCUCUCUCUGCCUGACUCUCUCUUUCUCUCUCUCUCUCUCUAUUCUCUCCAUCUGUCCUCGUCUCUGUGCAUCUGUCCCUCUGUCUAUGCAGCUGUGCAGCAGCAUGCCUGUAUGUUUGCCACCAACACAAGAAGAAGCAUUAUGGAAGUGAAAGAGCGACGCCCGUACUGCUCACUCACCAAGAGCCGCAAGGACAAGGAAGGACCCUACACUGGUUCAUCAGGGGACAGCGAAGAUUGCGUCAUUGGCUCUCACGGACUCCGCGUCCCCACGCAGAAGUCCUACUCGUCCAGUGAAACACUGAAGGCCUUCGAUCAGCACCAAGACCAGACCAGGUUAUUGUACGGGACGACCAAGGGACACAAGGACAUGGUUCACCGUGAACAGGACGAUUACAACAGACAAGGUCAGCACUUCAGCCUCCGUCAGCUGGGGAUCUGCGAGCCUCCGUCACGUCGAGGCCUGGCCUUCUGCUCUGAGAUGGGCCUGCCCCACCGCGGCUUCUCAGUUGGUACGACCCAGGACCUGGACUCCGACAGUCAGGCCGUGAUGUCCCCGGAGCGCGCCAUGCGGCUGUGGGGCCGCGGCGGCUUGGGUAAAUCGUCCGGGAGGAGUUCGUGCCUGUCCAGCCGCUCCAACUCGGUGCUGACGCUCACCGACACCGAGCACGAGAACAAGUCGGACAGCGACAAUGGUUCUCCCAUGCCCUCCCCCUCCUGUCCAUCAUCUGUCAUUGACCAAUCACAUCCUCAGUCAGUGAGUCCCCGUGACAACCUGUUGUUAGGCAACACGGUCGAGCAAGAGGAGGAGGAGGAGCAAGUGGAGGAGCGAGAGGAGGAGGAGGAGGAGCGAGAGGAAGAGGAGGAGGAGUUUGCUGCCCGCUUGUACUCACCUGUAACACAUGAACAACAAUCCAAUCAUCACGGCUCCACCCUGCCGCCGGUCCCGCCCCCUCACCGACAGCAGCCCUCGAUAACGGCGCUCAACCAGUCGCUGGGCUCCACGCACCACGCUGGACACUCCCUGAACUCCACGCGGCAGCUAACUCCUCCCACUGGAACCCCGGCCCCCGUGGCCGGCCAAUCACCAGCCGAGCUGCAGACCACGCCCCCCGAGAGCGUCCCGCUGCAAGACAGCUGGGUGCUGGGUAGCAAUGUGCCUCUGGAGACAAGGCACUUCCUUUUUAAGACAGGUACAGGCACCACCCCCCUCUUCUCCACAGCGACUCCUGGCUACACCAUGGCGACAGGCUCUGUGUAUUCCCCACCCACCAGGCCGUUGCCCAGGAAUACGCUGUCCCGCUCUGCCUUCAAGUUCAAGAAGACCCCAAAGUACUGCUCAUGGAGGUGUACAGCCCUCAGUGCUGUUGGACUGUCUGUACUGCUGUCUGUCCUGCUCUGUUACUGCAUAGCGAUGCACCUGUUUGGUCUGAAUUGGCAGCUUCAGGAGAGCGAGGGAUACGGGCCGUUUGAAAACGGAGGAGUGGGCAGAGAUACGACCCCGAACACCUUCAUGGUGUCAACAGACAACGGUAAAAUGUUUCUGCUAGAGAACAACACCAUAGACAUAGGAGAGGUGGACGUGGGGAGAAGAGCCAUACAAGACGUUCCACCAGGAGUGUUUUGGAGGUCGCAGCUCUACAUUGACCAACCACAGUUUUUAAAAUUCAACAUUUCUGUCCAGAGAGACGCUCUGGUCGGGGUGUACGGUCGUAAAGGUCUCCCGCCGUCACACACACAGUACGACUUUGUGGAGCUGCUGGACGGCAGUCGCCUCAUUUCCAAAGACAAGCGGGCGCUCAGUGACGUGGAGGCAGGAAACGCACGCCCCCCCACCGGUGAACACGAGGAAGAAUCCGUAACGCGACACACUCGCUCCGUGAACGUUCACGAGGCCGGCUUCAUCCAGUACCUCGACACUGGAAUCUGGCAUCUGGCCUUUUACAACGACGGCCGCAACACGGAACAAGUCUCCUACAAUACCAUCAUCAUUGAGUCAAUUAUGGAGUGUCCUCAGAAUUGUCAUGGCAACGGAGAUUGUCUCUCAGGAAUAUGUCACUGUUUCCCAGGAUUUCUUGGGCCUGACUGCUCUCGAGCGGCCUGUCCGGUGCUGUGCAGCGGGAAUGGCCAGUAUUCCCGCGGACGCUGCCAGUGCUACAGCGGCUGGAAAGGCACCGAGUGCGACGUUCCCACAAACCAGUGCAUCGACAUCCACUGCGGAGGCCACGGAAUCUGCAUCAUCGGCGCCUGCAUCUGCAAUACUGGUUAUAAGGGCGACAACUGUGAGGAAGUCGACUGCGUGGACCCCAGCUGUUCGGCUCACGGCGUGUGCAUCCACGGCGAGUGUCACUGUCAGCCGGGAUGGGGCGGAGCCAGCUGUGAAAUCGCCAAGGCCAUGUGUCCGGACCAGUGUUCGGGUCACGGAACCCACAACGCGGAGACCAGCACCUGUGCCUGCGAUCAGCACUGGACUGGGCCCGACUGCUCGUUAGAGGUGUGUGAAGUGGACUGCGGCAGUCAUGGCGUGUGUUACGGCGGCGUGUGUCGCUGUGAGGACGGCUGGACGGGGACCGUGUGUGACCAGAAGGCCUGUCACCCGCUGUGCAGCAAGAACGGCGUCUGUAAGGAAGGGAAGUGUGAGUGUGACCAGGGAUGGACAGGGGAGCACUGCAACAUUGCUCACAAUCCGGACAUUAGAGUAAAAGAGGGUUGCCCAGGGCUCUGCAACAACAACGGACGCUGCACCCUGGAGGCCAGUGGCUGGCACUGCAUCUGUCAGUCGGGAUGGCGAGGGGCGGGGUGUCACGUAGCCAUGGAAACGAUCUGUACCGACGGAAAGGACAACGAAGGAGACGGCCUGGCCGACUGUAUGGAUCCGGACUGCUGUUUACAACCUACCUGUCAGAAUCAGUUGUACUGUAAAGGGUCACCUGACCCGGGGGAGGUGCUCGGCCAGUCUCUGUCCUCAUUGGCUUCUCAGCAGGCUGCGAGGUCGUUCCAUCAGCGCAUUCACUUCCUGGUCGGUCCUGAAUCCACUCACGUUAUCGCCGGAGAGAGUCCGUUCAACAGAAGUUUGGUGUCGAUCGUCCGUGGUCAGGUGUUGACGGCUGAUGGAACUCCUCUGAUCGGCGUCAACGUGACGUUUGUUCAUUUUCCUGAACACGGAUUCACCGUCACACGCAGGGACGGCAUGUUCGAUCUCUUGGCGAACGGCGGAGCGUCUCUGACUCUGAGCUUCGAGCGCGCUCCGUUCAUCGCUCAGUACAGGACGGUGUGGGUGCCGUGGAACGUCUUCUACGUGAUGGACACGCUGGUCAUGAAGAAGGAGGAGAACGACAUCCCCAGCUGCGACCUGAGCGGAUUCGUCCGUCCCAGUCCCGUCAUCGUCGCGUCCCCUCUGUCUACGUUUUACAGGAGUUCCCUCGAGGACGGCCCCAUCGUCCCCGAGACACAGGUUUUACAGGAAGAAACCUCGAUACCAGGCAGCGACUUAAACCUCAUCUACCUGAGCUCGAGGGCGGCGGGCUACAAACCCGUCCUCAAAGUCACCAUGACACAAUCAUCCAUCCCGUUCAACCUCAUGAAGGUUCACCUGAUGGUGGCAGUAGUGGGUCGACUUUUCCAGAAAUGGUUCCCCGCUCAACCCAAUCUGUCCUACACCUUCAUCUGGGACAAGACAGACGCUUAUGGACAACGUGUGUAUGGACUCUCUGAGGCUGUGGUGUCCGUGGGCUUUGAGUACGAGUCCUGCCUCGAUCUCAUCCUAUGGGAGAAGAGGACGUCCAUUUUACAAGGCUACGAGCUGGACGCGUCCAACAUGGGGGGGUGGACGCUGGACAGACAUCAUAUCCUGGACGUACAGAACGGUAUAUUGUAUAAGGGCAACGGUGAGAACAUUUUCAUCUCUCAGCAGCCUCCAGUCAUCAGCAGCAUCAUGGGAAACGGGCGUCGGCGCAGCAUCUCCUGUCCCAGCUGUAACGGUCAGGCAGAGGGCAACAAGCUGCUGGCACCUUUGGCUCUGGCCUGCGGAGCAGAUGGCAGCAUCUUUGUUGGAGACUUCAACUACAUCAGGAGGAUCUUCCCCUCUGGGAAUGUUACCAGUGUCAUGGAGCUGAGAAACAAAGAUUUCAGACAUAGCAACAACCCUGCUCACCGCUACUAUCUGGCCACUGACCCGGUAACAGGGCAGCUGUAUGUCUCCGACACGAACUCAAGGCGAAUCUACCGACCCAAGAUGCUGAGUGGAGCCCGGGAUCUCAUCAGUAAUGGAGAAGUAGUCGCUGGCACAGGUGAACAGUGUCCUCCGUUUGAUGAAGCACGGUGUGGAGAUGGAAGAAAAGCUACCGAGGCACAACUACUGGGACCAAAAGGGAUUGCAGUUGAUAAAAAUGGCUUGAUCUACUUUGUGGACGGAACGAUGAUCAGAAAAGUGGAUCGUAACGGAAUCAUCUCAACAGUGCUGGGCAGCAACGACCUGACCUCUGCGCGACCUUUGACCUGCGAUACUAGCAUGCACAUAAGACAGGUUCGUUUAGAGUGGCCCACAGAUCUGGCCAUUAAUCCUAUGGAUAACUCCAUCUACGUCCUGGACAACAAUGUUGUGCUGCAGAUCACUGAAAAUAGACAGGUUCGAAUUGUGGCAGGUCGUCCCAUGCACUGUCAGGUGCCUGGUAUUGAAUACACCAUGGGAAAAAGAGCCAUCCAGACCAUGCUAGAGGGAGCAACAGCCAUCGCUCUGUCCUACAGCGGCGUCCUCUACAUCGCAGAGACAGAUGAGAAGAAAAUACACCGCAUCAGACAGGUGUCGACUGAUGGAGAAAUUACGCAUCUGGCUGGUGCGCUAUCUGACUGUGACUGCAAGAACGAUGCCAACUGUGACUGCUAUCAGGCAGGCGAUGGCUACGCGAAGGACGCCCGCCUUAACUGUCCCUCCUCAUUGGUGGUGUCUCCAGACGGGACGCUGUACGUGGCUGAUCUGGGAAACAUCCGCAUCCGAGCUAUACGUCGAAACCAGCCACCCACAGGUUCUCUGGCUUCAGGUCCCAGCUCCUAUGAAGUGGCGUCUCCGGCUUGUCAAGAACUUUACGUGUUUGAUUUAAAUGGGACUCAUCAGUUCACCAUGUCUCUGGUCACUGGAGACUACAAAUACAACUUCAGCUACAGCAACGAGGACGACGUAACCGCGGUGACCGACAGCAGCGGGAACACCCUGCGUAUCCGUAGAGACACCAACAGGCUGCCUGUGCGAGUGGUUGCCCCCGACAACCAGGUUAUCUGGCUGACCAUCGGCACUAAUGGAGGUCUGAAGACCCUCACGGCCCAGGGUCAGGAACUGGUCUUGUUCAGUUACCAUGGCAGCAGCGGGUUGUUGGCGACCAAGAGCAUCCAGAUCGGCUGGACGACCUUCUACGACUACGACAGCGAAGGUCGUCUCACCAACGUGACCUUCCCCACGGGCGUCGUGACCAGCCUCCACAGCGACAUGUCCUCGGGAGCGGUCGCCGUGGACAUCGAGACGUCAGGGAGGGAUGAGGACGUUUCCAUAACAACCAACCUGUCGUCGAUUGACUCCUUCUACACUCUGGUGCAGGACCAGCUCCGCAACAGUUACCAGGUGGGUAACGACCAUUCACUGAGGGUCAUCUACGCCAACGGAAUGGACACGCAUUACCAGACGGAACCACACAUACUCGCAGGUGCGGCUAAUCCAACCGUAGCGCGACGCAACAUGACACUUCCAGGAGAGAACGGCCAAAACCUGGUGGAGUGGAGGUUCAGGAAGGAACAAACUCGAGGAAAAGUCAUCGUCUACGGCAGAAAACUCAGGGUGAACGGCAGGAACUUGCUGUCGGUGGACUACGAUCGUUCGCUGCGGACGGAGAAAAUUUACGACGACCACAGGAAGUUCCUGCUGAAGAUCAUCUAUGACACACAGGGACAUCCCACACUGUGGGUUCCCAGCAGCAAGUUGCUCUCAGUGAACCUGACAUAUUCCAGUACCGGGCAGGUGACAGGUCUCCAGAGGGGUCCGACUACAGAGAGGUGGGAGUACGACAGUCAGGGAAGAAUCACUUCCCGAGUGUUUGCCGAUGGAAAGAUAUGGAGCUACACGUACCUGGACAAGUCUAUGGUCUUACUGCUGCACAGUCAGCACCAGUACAUCUUUGACUAUGACUCAGGAGACCGUCUGUCCGCAGUCACCAUGCCCAGUGUGGCUCGACACACCAUGCAGACCAUCAGGUCCAUCGGAUACUACAGGAACAUCUACACUCCGCCUGAGAGCAACGCCUCCGUCACGGUGGACUACUCUGAAGACGGACAGCUCCUCAGAGUUGCUCAUCUGGGCACUGGACGCCAGAUACUGUACAAAUAUCGCAGACAGAACAAGCUGGCGGAAAUCCUCUACGACUCCACACGGGUCAGUUUCACCUACGAUGAGACGGCCGGCGUGCUCAAAACGGUCAACCUGCAGAGCGAAGGCUUCAUCUGCUCCAUCCGCUACCGCCAGAUCGGCCCGCUGGUCGACCGGCAAAUCUUCCGCUUCAGCGAGGACGGCAUGGUUAACGCACGCUUCGACUACACCUACGACAACAGCUUCAGGGUCACGAGCAUGCAGGCCGUGAUCAACGAGACGCCGCUGCCGAUCGACCUCUACCAGUUUGACGACAUAUCUGGGAAGGUGGAGCAGUUUGGGAAGUUUGGAGUCAUCUACUAUGAUAUCAAUCAGAUCAUCUCCACAGCCGUGAUGACCUACACCAAACACUUCGACCAGCACGGCCGCAUCAAGGAGAUCCAGUACGAGAUCUUCAGGUCUUUGAUGUACUGGAUCACCAUUCAGUACGACAACAUGGGCCGCGUCACCAAGCGCGAGAUCAAAAUCGGACCAUUCGCCAACACGACCAAAUAUGGUUAUGAAUACGACGUUGAUGGACAGCUGCAGACGGUCUCUCUCAAUGAGAAGAUGAUGUGGAGGUAUAACUACGAUCUGAACGGGAACCUGCAUUUGCUCAACCCCGCGAAUAGCGGUCGGUUGACGCCUCUGCGCUACGAUCUGAGGGACAGAAUCACUCGUCUGGGUGACGUCCAGUACCGGCUGGACGAAGACGGAUUCCUGAGACAGAGGGGAGCUGAGAUAUUUGAAUACAACUCUAAAGGUCUUCUAGUCCGUGUCUACAGUAAAGCCUCCAGCUGGACCAUCCAGUACCGCUAUGAUGGUCUGGGUCGACGUGUGGCGUCCAGAAACAGUCUGGGCCAACACCUGCAGUUCUUCUAUGCUGACCUGAACUACCCAACCAGGAUCACCCAUGUCUACAACCACUCCAGCUCCGAGAUCACCUCCUUUUACUACGAUCUGCAGGGCCAUGUCUUUGCCAUGGAGAUAAGCAGUGGAGAAGAGUUUUAUAUUGCAUGUGACAACACUGGGACACCACUGGCUGUUUUCAGCAACAACGGACUGUUGCUUAAACAGGUGCAGUACACGGCAUACGGAGAGGUUUACUUUGAUUCCAACCCCGACUUUGUGCUGGUAAUUGGUUUCCAUGGCGGCCUGUAUGAUCCUCUGACACGACUGCUGCAUUUUGGAGACAGAGACUAUGACAUCCCUGCUGGGAGGUGGACGACUCCCGACAUCAGCACUUGGACACGCGUCGGUAAAGACCCGCAGCCUUUCAAUCUCUACAUGUUCAGAGGCAACAACCCGAUCAGCAAGAUCCACCAGGUCAAAGAAUAUGUCACAGAUGUCAACAUCUGGCUGGUGACGUUCGGCUUCCAUCUCCACAACGCAAUCCCAGGAUUCCCCAUUCCUAAGUUUGACCUGACGCAGCCGUCACUGGAGAUGAAGAAGAGUCAGCUGUGGGACGACCUACCCUCCAUCUCCGGCGUCCAGCAAGAGGUGACCCGUCAGUCUCGGGCCUUCCUGUCCUUUGAGCGCAUGCCCGAAAUCCAGCUGAGCCGGCGGCACUCGGACCACACCAAACCCUGGCUGUGGUUUGCCACCGUCAAGUCCCUGAUCGGGAAGGGAGUGAUGCUCGCCGUGAUCCAGGGCCGCGUGGUGACCAACGCUCUUAACAUCGCCAACGAGGACUGCAUCAAGGUGGCCGCCGUCCUGAACAACGCCUUCUACCUGGAGGACCUGCACUACACCGUGGAGGGACGGGACACGCACUACUUCAUCAAGACCAGCCUGCCGGAGAAUGACCUCGGCGCGCUGCGGCUCACGUCCGGCCGGAAGUCACUGGAGAACGGCGUGAACGUCACGGUGUCCCAGUCCACGACGGUGAUGAACGGCAGGACACGGCGCUUCGCCGACGUGGAGCUGCAGUACGGCGCGCUGGCACUCCAUGUGCGCUACGGGACGACGCUGGACGAGGAGAAGGCACGGAUCCUGGAGGCGGCGAGGCAGAGGGCGCUGUCGAGCGCCUGGGCCCGCGAGCAGCAGCGGGUGAGGGACGGCGAGGAAGGCGUGCGGCUGUGGACUGAGGGGGAGAAGAGGCAGCUGCUGAGCAGCGGCAAGGUUCUGGGCUACGAUGGCUACUACGUGUUGUCUAUAGAGCAGUACCCGGAGUUGGCGGACAGCGCCAACAACAUGCAGUUCUUACGCCAGAGCGAGAUAGGGAGGAGGUAACACAGCAACGGCUAAACGUCAAAAUCACCACGCGGGACUGUCAAAGACUUCACAGAGAGUUCGGACUCCGCAGAAAACGGCUGCCUUGAGACUUAAAAUUGGCCACUGAAGAUGGCGGGCGCGGAAAAGUAGAUGUAAUAAAACACAAAAUACAAGGAAAUUCAAAUUGUGAACGGUUUACAAAAAACUUUUUCAUGAGCCUGGAAAAAGACCAAUGCCUUGCUUUCUUGUUUUUAUUUUUUAUUUUUAUAGUUGUUGGCGUCGCCUGUAUUUUUCACAGCCUCUUUCUGCUUCUUCUUUUCUAAUUUUUAACGUUGCAUUACCGCCUCCUUCUGGAUUGCCACGCCCCCUCUCUGUUCCGUCCCCUCUCUUUUGUCGCGUUCCAGUUGUCUUCAGAAUUUCAGAACUCGGAAACGUGGGAGUGACCUCACAAACGCCGAAUGAAAUGCUAGUAGUUGUCAUUCGCUGAGCACCUCCUGGAUGUUUGUUGGUCCCGGUUGUAGUCGGAAUUUCUAAGGUGUUAAAUACCGCCUUUUUUUUUUUAAUAAAUCAACCAGAAUUUUUACUCCGACUUCUCAAAGAACUCGGAGGUGGCGUUGCUCGAGUUCCGACCUCGGAUGAAAAUGAAACGGGAACAUGCGUUGUUAUAGAGGAGUUGACUCCUCCUUCUGGGUGGUUUGUUGGUCGGAAUUUCUGAGGUGAGUGGUUGCGUUCCGUUAUUUGUUUCGCAUACACGCAAAGUACCGGCCGGCUUUGCUUUCCCAAUUACUCAGGAAUGCAGUCAAAUCGGAGAUGGCGUCACUCUCAGUUCAGACUUUCGACUUCCAACGUUUUAUGGAGCGCAGCAUUUCUUGCCUUUUUCGUUUUUUGUUUUUUUUAGCCCCCCUCCACCUGCCUUUACUUUACAAAACAGCCAAUCUGCAUGCCCCUCCCCUCUCUGUCUGUAGGGCGGGGCCAACCUUGGAUCCCACCGUCCUCCUCCCUCCAAACAUGGCGUCCUCUCGCGUGGAACAGUGCGACAUGGACCGUACGCGGCGCGCGCCGAGACGAGCCCGCCGUGCAUUUGUGGAAAUCCUGGCGGAUUGUGAUUUUACUGACGCCGGGUUUGUGCGAGUACCCGGACGCGGUCGACUCUGGAUCGCAGACUUUUGCGAGUGGGAAGAAAAAAAGGAAGAAAAUCCUUUGUUUCCACUGUUGUCGAACUGUUGUGGACUUUCUCUGAGAGACAGACACAAAAAAAAAAAGACUACGAUUUCUAUGAAGGGUAAACAAAAAUAUAUAUAUAUGACUGAUUUUUUUGUUUGUUUUUCUUUUUAUAUGAUAUAAACUUGCAUUUGCUUCGGAUAUGGGGGGGGGUAUAAAAAUGAUUUAAAAAAAAAAAAAGUGUUUACAUACUAUUAUCCGUUACCACUAUUACUGCUGUUACUGCACCACCGUCAUCGGAAUGGAAUGGACUAAAAAGAAAAAACGACUUUGUUUCUUUUCAUACGGAUAUCUAAAUCAGUUACAGACUCAAACUCCUCCUCUUCUUCUUCAUCAUCCUCAUCAUCCUCAACAUCAUCCCCUUGUGUUAAUACAGUUUAAAACAGCAGGAAGCUCCGCCUCUCAGAAGCGGAAUCCUUCGCUUCUGUAAAAACUAAACAAAAAAAUGUGACUCAAAUGACUCAUAAAACGCAAAAACCUUGUGCUUUCAUUGGUGAAAAAAAAAAGGUAGUAGUAUUGCUUGCAAUAGAAACAUGUUGUCAUGGUUUUUUGGGAGUGGGAGAAGGGGAGGGGGGAGGGAUUACCGCGAGUAGUUACGAAUGUUUUUUUGGUUGUUUUUUCUCGCUCGCUUUCUCUUUAAAAAAACAAAAAAAGGGACAGAGCGUCAAAAACUAACAGUGGAUGUUUUUUCUGUUAUCGAUUGUGUGGGUCAGUUUACUCUCGUGGAGGAUUUUUUUGUGUGUACGUGUGUUUACUAAAGAGGGGGCGGCGACUUUAAAUCAUUUUUGAAAAAGGAGGUUCACGACGAGAGGGAACGCGUUUAUCGCGACAAGUCAUUUAUUCGGGGAGAAUGAAGACGUGUUUGACAGUGUUUUAUGGUUUUGUUUUUGGGUUGUUUUUAUUUUAUUUUGAAGGUUGACAAAAUUCCACUUAUCCGUACAUCAAUAUUAGUCUCAGAGAAAGUAAUUUAUGUACAGUGUUUCUACGGUAAAAUUAAAAAUCUUUGAAACUA